AAACAUUUGACAGCUUGCUCGCAGUACGCCAGAAGAUCGUCUGCUUCUGCGUGCCGUUCAACAUUUUCCACCAAAAUCGUUGGUAAAACACCGUUAAAAUCAUGAAAGAUAGUGAUUCCGAUAGUACAAUGUCCGAAUCGGACAGUUCCUCUGAGCUAGACGUCGGCAGCCAGCGAUUCAAUCCACUGAAGGCACUGUACUCGACCAAACUGAAAGUUCCGGUUGCAACGGCCCGGCUGCACGACAAUGUGAGCAUGCUGGAAUCGAAACAAAACACGCUGGGCGGUUUUGCGGAACCGUACGAUGAGAAUCGUAUCAAGCAAAUCCGGGCCGCCACCAACGCGAACAAAGUUAAAGUUAUUCCUGCCGACCAGAAACCUCAGCGGAAAUUUCUUCCCGAGCAAGGUCCAAUAGCGUACGUACGACCGUUGCGACACACGAAAAACAUCUUCCAGAGGUUGGAGAAAGGACGCUUCGAAGGACCGUUGGCGUUGAUGCAGACGUGGCUGCAGGAACGCAGACGGGUGCGUGUGUACAUACGCAAACAGAACGGCAUACGGGGCCACGUUUCGGGUGUGAUUGAACUGUUCGACAAACACUGGAAUAUGGCCAUCAGCGAUGUGUGCGAAACGUACACCAGACGAAAGUAUCGGUACACCGAGAACAACCUGCAUCCGGACAGCAUCGUAGCGCCCACGGACUGUAGCGAACGGUUGCGGCGGUUAGGAAUAGUGCUGCCCGAGACGAAGGUGCGCUCGGAAGGGAAAAAGAAUGUGAUAAUAACCCGCAAACUACCUCAGCUUUUAAUAUCGGGUGUACAGGUGGUGCUCGUGACGCCCGAACCGACUGAUCCUACAGCAAGCACUUCGAAAGCGAUGAAAUAAAUUGCCGAAUCCUUUAUAUAUUU